UGCACACGUUACAAAAAAGCUUUGAUAGGUCAGAGGUGAUGACCUGCAACGACGUCAGAACAACAGAGGGGGUUAUAUAGAGCCUCGCCGGCUGUCUGCUUAAAAGACUGCUUCUUUUCUAAACUACUGGAAGAGGACAGCACAGAAAAAAAAGCCAAAAUGAAACUGUACCUGGCUGUUGCCACCUUGAUGCUUGUGCUGCUUGCACACUCUGAGGCAGUAGAGGAGCCCACAAUAGAAGAACAUUUUGCCAAUAUUCAGGCAAAACUUAAGGAGUUUGGAGAGGAUUUGACAGAUAAGACCACAACCAUCCUGAAGCAGAUUGAGAAUCAUGAGAUUACCAUUAAGACUAAGAGCUGGAUUGAUGAGCAGAUGGAGAAGGUUAAGCAGAAGUUUGCUGAAACCUUUAACAAGCAACAGUAAACCCUGUAGCCCCUGCCAGUGUGACGUCUAAGUCUCCAGUCCAUGUUGUGUUUGACAGACACAACCUGUUACAACAUCUCCAAUAUGAUGAUCUGUUCAGUGACGAUCUGUGCAAUUACUUUUUUAUAUAAAUAAAUACACACAAACACAAUACUCCAAUGCUUUAAAUGUCUGAAAAUGGUCUAAUAAAUCCUGGAAACUGUCCAAACAAUAAAAAGACUUUAUCCAG